AUGUUAAACAAAAUGACCUCCUCUCAGCAGCAGAUGAUGCGAGGUCCUAGGUGGAACCGGGCCUUGUCCAACCCUCUGUUUGUGCUACUCCUGGCCUUACAGCUUCUGGUAGUUGCGGGUCUGGUGCGUGCUCAAACAUGCCCAUCCGUCUGCUCCUGUAGUAAUCAGUUCAGCAAAGUCAUCUGCACACGGAGGGGCUUACGAGAGGUCCCUGAUGGUAUUUCUACUAACACACGCUACCUAAAUCUCCAAGAAAAUCUCAUCCAGGUCAUUAAAGUGGACAGCUUCAAGCACCUAAGACAUUUGGAGAUCCUGCAGCUGAGUAAAAACCACAUACGCAAAAUUGAGCUUGGGGCCUUCAAUGGACUUGCAAGCCUCAAUACCCUGGAGCUUUUUGAUAACCGCCUCACCACAAUCCCAAAUGGGGCAUUUGAAUACCUCUCCAAACUAAAGGAGUUAUGGUUGAGGAAUAAUCCCAUAGAGAGCAUUCCCUCCUAUGCUUUCAACAGGGUGCCCUCAUUACGAAGACUGGACCUUGGGGAGCUUAAAAGGCUAUCCUACAUAUCCGAGGGAGCCUUCGAAGGGCUGAGCAAUCUUCGCUACUUAAAUCUGGGAAUGUGCAAUUUGAAGGAAAUUCCCAACCUUAUUCCCCUUGUGAAGCUGGAUGAACUGGAGAUGUCAGGAAACCAGCUGUCUGUUGUCCGGCCUGGCUCAUUUAAGGGGCUCAUUCAUCUUCAGAAGCUAUGGAUGAUGCAUGCUCAGAUCCAGACUAUUGAGAGAAACUCAUUUGAUGAUCUCCAGUCACUAGUGGAGCUUAAUUUAGCGCACAACAACCUGACUCUCUUGCCCCAUGAUCUAUUCACACCUUUGCAUCAUCUUGAGAGGGUGCACCUGCACCACAACCCUUGGAAUUGUAACUGUGACAUUCUCUGGCUGAGUUGGUGGCUUAAGGAGAUGGUACCAGCAAAUACCAGCUGCUGCGCCCGUUGCAGCACCCCAAUUCACCACAAAGGACGCUACAUUGGAGAACUUGACCAAAACUACUUUCACUGUUAUGCUCCCGUUAUUGUGGAGCCCCCAGCUGACUUAAAUGUGACAGAGGGGAGCGCUGCAGAGCUGAAAUGUCGAGCCAGCUCUUUGACUUCUGUGAGCUGGAUUACACCCAAUGGUUCCAUCAUGACACAUGGUGCUUACAAGAUCAGAAUCUCAGUGCUAAAUGAUGGCACUCUAAACUUUACCAAUGUUACAUUGCAAGACACAGGUACAUAUACAUGUAUGGUCAGUAAUUCAGCAGGUAACACAACAGCGUCUGCAACACUGAACGUGUCUUCAACUGAGAACAGCAGCUUCAGCUAUUUCACCACAGUAACUGUAGAGACGAUAGAAACACCACAUAAUGAAGGCUUUACCACAAUUGUGCAACAAAAGGUAGGCUCCACUCCCUCAGCUCAUACAUGGAAGUCUGCAUCACCUAUUUCCACAACUACCACCACAGUGCAGACCCCUCUCUCUACUCGAGCCACGGAGAAGGCUUACACAAUCCCUGUCACUGAAUUUGGUGGGGAAGGCUCUUUAAAUGGCUUGGAUGAGGUCAUGAAGACAACCAAGAUUAUAAUUGGAUGUUUCGUUGCAAUCACACUCAUGGCAGCUGUCAUGUUGAUCAUCUUUUACAAGAUGCGGAAACAACACCACCAGCAGAACCACCAUGCGCCCACACGCACCAUUGAGAUCAUUAACGUGGAUGAGGACUGCGUAACAGGAGGACCAGGCAUGGAGGGUCACCUGACUUUGCCUCCUCUUGAACAUGAGCACCUUAAUCAUUAUAACACAUAUAAAUCGGCAUACAACCAUGCCUCAACUAUCAACUCCAUACACAGCUCAGCGCAUGAACCUUUGUUAAUCCGGGCAAAUUCAAAAGACAAUGUACAAGAGACCCAAAUCUAA